AUGGUGCGAGAUAAAAUUUACGAAUAUGAUUCCUCGGACUCAGACUCAUUUAUAAAGGAGGACUCUUACCGACGGAAAAUUCGUGUCCAUCGACGUCCCAUAGAGAAAUCUCGCUUUGUUCAUAUUACCGAAAAGGGUCGUGAGCGAGCAUCGUCUGUUAGUCGCAUGGACCCGAAGAUUUACAUCGACAUCAACAACGAACAGACCCGACGCAGCUCCCCGUCACCCGAACGUGGACGGGCUCGUUCGUAUUCCCGCCAGCGGAAGAGCGAGUGGGACUCUGUGGAGCAAUCCAUUCUAAAAGACCAACACGACUUUCUUACCCGACAGAGAAUUAAAGAAGAAGUUAGGCGGGAAUGCGAAAAGGAAAAGGAACGCCAACGUAAAGAAGUGCAGGAUGCACAAAGGCUUGACCUUGAAACUCAGAUACAGAUACAAAGGAUGAAACUGGAUGAGUUGAUCAACGGUAAACACCGUGACAAUUCAUCUAGAGAAGAAGAAGAAAAGUAUCGAUAUCGCAAAAAGCAGCUUGAUGAGCUCUUUCGAGAGACUGAGAAGCAUAAACUGGAACUUGAGAAGGAACGAGAGGUAGAGCGCCAGCGCGAAUAUGAAAGACAACGUAACUGGGACCGUGAAUGGGCCCGAAUGCUCCGCGAAGACCGAAGCUGGAGUAGGGAGAGAAGAGACCAAUGCUGGACCCGCGAAGAGAUACAGAAUGAACUCUCCCAUGAGGAACUACGCAGGAUCAAGCAAGACCAGGCAAAUAAACGACACGUUGAAGAUGCAUUUCUAGUAGCACGCGCGCAAGCCAUGGAAGAGGAGAAGAAGGCAAAGGAGCAUGAAGAUAAGAUCCGAGCAAAGAUAAAGGCCGAGCAGGAUAAGGCGGAUGCAGACCGGCUGGAGCGUGCAAAUUACGAGAAGAAGCUGAGAGAAGAUGCAAUUGCGGAGUUCCAGAAAAGGGAGGCGGAAAAGGAACUGAAGCGUCGUGAAGCUGAAGAGAAGGCUGAGAAAGAAUUCAACGAGCGACUCAGUAAGAUGCUCUGUGAAUUUGGUACGACCGAGGCGGAGAUGAAAGACUUUCUACACCAUUCCAAGAAAGAAUGCAAAGAGGUUACGGAAAUUAAAGAGGUCAAAGAGGUUACAGAAAUAGUGCCUGCUGGUGGCUCGAAUUCUCACUGCAUGAAGGUCCACCGCCGCUUCAUUGGACCGGCCUCGCUGGAUGCAUACGGCCUUCCUUGGGAAUGGGAUCCCUAUGAUGCAGAUUACAUCCUCGUCAACUGUUUUGUGCCCCAUCAGCUCCAGGAAGAGCUCUUUGAACACUCCCGCCGACAACGAGAGACCCAGUUGAUCACUGCUGGCCCCGCAGUGCCAGAUGAGUUUAUUGAAAUGAGAGUGAACGAUAAGAAGCGAGACAAAUUUUUCUUGGUGAGGAAGAAGCCGAAGAAAACUGUUCUGGUUCCUCGUUAA